AUGUCUGUUAGCCCAAAUCGCACCAUCAUCAUCGUCGGCGUGGGAUCGACCAUGUCCCGAUCACUUGCCCUCUGGCUUGCCAAUCUGGGCUGGAGCAUCGCUCUUGUUUCUCGCUCGGAAAAUAGCCUAUCCAAGAUCGCCGAUGAAGUCAAAGCCGCCCAGACAAGCGCUGAUGCAAAAGUAAUCUACCGCACCGCCGACGCCGGUAAUUCCAGCAGCCUCACUGCCGCCUUAGACUGGUGUGCCCAGCAGUUCAACGGCAAGGUGGAUGUUUUGAACUACAAUGCUGCUCAUGUUGCUGAAUCGCACAUCUCCGAGCUCAGCGUAGAGAUGCUGGAGCUUGACCUCCGGGUCUCCGCGAUUGGCACUCUUGUCGCUGGCCAGUGGUUCACCCGCAACGCCAACUCUGACUAUGUCUCCAAUGGAGAGUGGCCACUCUUCCUCGUUACUGGUGGCAUGCUUGACAAGGAUCCGCAGGUGGUCUUCUCCUCACUUUCUACUGUCAAGGCCGCAUCGCAAACACUUAGCCGCCUCUUUGCGAAGGCACUCCCUCAAACUUCCCAUAUUGUGGUCGGUAUGCCGCUGAUCAAAACCCGCAUCGAUAACCCAGAAACUGGCGGCUACGCUGAGGGCUACCAUCCCGACACCAUCAUCCAGAAGGUAUUCAAGCCCUUCUUUGAGGACCGCGAGAAGCUGCAGAAUGGAGUGGAUAAUUGGACGGUGGAGCGGGCUAUUUGA